AUGACAUCGGCCUCCGACAAGCUUCCCCGUGAGCGCAUCGUAGCUCUCUUUUCCGAAUUUGUGCUCAAAGAACACCCGCAAAUAUUUGAGAACAAUCAAGAUAAUUUGGGUGCUGGAAAGUGCUUCGUUCUCACUGUACACUUUCCGGCGCUUUGCGAAUACAAUAGCCUUUUUUCCCAACAACUGCUAUUAAAUCCACGUCAAACCUUGAAACUCUUCAAUGCUGGUCUUCUGGAUGGCGUCAAACAGCACUUUUCGCCACAAAAACCGGACUUCCUCCCUUUCUUGCGCUGUUUGGUUCGCAUUGCCUCACUUCCUCUCAUUCCCGAGGUUUACAGAACGGAGAUUCCCUACUCCAACCAAGUUGGUCGCUUCUUUGCCCUUCAGUGCACCGUCACACGGGUCGGACCAGUACAGGUUGUCCAAACGCAACGGACCUAUUCCUGUCAGAAGUGUGCCUUCGUUUUCACUGUGCAGGCCGAUUUUGCGGAGUACUUUGCCCUCCGACAACCCAACCGCUGUCCUAACACGCGCGAACACUGUCCAUCAACCAGCUUUUCUCCGCUCAAACAGACCGAAAAUCAUUUAGAAAACUAUCAGGAAAUUCGCGUCAACGAGCAGUUUAGUUGUCUAUCUGUGGGCAAAAUGCCACGCUCCAUUUGCGCCUGUUUAAGCAAUGACCUGGUGGACACAGUGCGUCCCGGUGAUGACGUCAUUCUCAACGGGAUACUCACGCAUCGCUGGCACUAUUGGGCUGGAGUUGUCAACUUUACCGCUGCUCUUGGCUUGCGAAAUGAACUACUGAAAGUCCUAUGUCCUGAAAUCCAUGGUCUUUUCCUCGUCAAGCUGUCCUUGGCCUUACUCCUAGUCGGUGCGCCACCAUGUCUGGAGAAAGAUGGUAGGUGCGUCCCCCGUUUCUAA